UCCAGCUUCUUCACUGUCACACCGAACUGCCAAAUGAAAGUAUGACCAUGAACAUGGGCAAUGUGAGAUUAGAGAAGCACAGAAUGACGAGGAAAGCUCAUGUGACCUGAAAUCUACUGAAGAGACAGAGAGGGAUACAUUUGAUCCACAUGGUAAAGAUAAUGCGCAAAGUGAAAGAGAAGAAGAAAUGUACAUUGGUUGUGAUGAUCUGAGCAAAAACAACCGAUAUUGCUUGGCAACUAAUCGCAGUGAUCUGAAUAUUCUAGCAGUCACAGAUGUAUGUAGAGGAGUUGAUGAAGUAAGUGAAGUUUUAGGGUACAGUUCAGGAAACAAAACUUGUCUUGGGAGCAUGGGGCAAACCGGACCUCCUGGAGAUGUCGAGUUUACUUCUUCAAAGGGGCUUCUAGGUCAUGACAAAGAGAUGCAUCGUUCUAAGCAAGACCCUGAAAAUGGAAAUGCAGGUGAAAGUGCAUGUUUCCUUGAAAGAAACACGUCUAGCGGAUGCAAGGAUGGGUUUGAGCAAGAAAUUCAUAGAAAUGUUAUAGAUCUUGACGAUGCUGAAGAUGUUGUUGUUUCUGGUGAUAGUAAUGGGUGUCUUAAUGAGAGGACUGAUAUUGCAACAAAGAAGCUUGCAUUUUUGAGCUCUCAGUGUUCAUUUAUCCAAGGUUCUGUUGAUUGCAAAGACCUAAAUGUCUGUGUGAAAUGUAAUAAAGGCGGGGAAUUAAAGGUCUGUAGUAGUACUAAUUCCUGCCGGCUGGUGGUUCAUGAGAGCUGCUCGGAUUCUCAUAUGAGUUUCAGUACUAGGGGGGAAUUUCAAUGUCCAUUUUGUGCAUAUUCUCAAGCACUCUCGGAGUACAUGUACAUUAAGAAAAAGGUCUCUUUGACUCAAAAGGAUUUUGUAACCUUUGUUUGCUUGGAAGCCAGAAAAGAAUUGAAGAAACAACCUUGCAGAUCUUAUAGGAGUAAGCAACAUCGCUCAGAACAUAAUGAUAGCGUAUAUAUAAGUAUUGACCCGAACAACCAAGAUAACAGUAAACAUAUCAACAAUCAGAAGCGUAGACGAAAAUUGGAAUUUCAGGAGGCAGGUUGUUCAACAUUAAGCUCUGGUGACCAUUCCCCUUCUAGGGGAGAAACUGUAGAUGCGACCAAGGGUGAAAAUGCAUCCGGCCGACAAAGAACUGAGGAGAAAGUCCAUGAGAGUUCAAAAGCACAAAAGGGAAUACACAUAUCCAGACAUUCCCCAAUUAAGGCGGAAAAAGGUCUCGUGGACAGCUGCAGAAGAAGAGAAAUUGAAGGAGGGAAUGCGUAUAUUCUGUACUCGUCACGAUUGUAAAAUUCCAUGGAAGAAAAUUUUGGCACAUGGUGCUACUGUUUUCCUAGAUGGCCGUACUACGAUGGACCUCAAAGAUAAAUGGAGAAAUCUUUGCAGGGCAUCGCCAAAGUAGUAAUGGAACUUCAAUUGCGCAGGUUUCA